GUAAAUUGCUUUUCGCACAAAGUCUACCUUGAACUUGUGCUAAAUACAUUUUGUUAAGAAGAAUACUCAGGAAAGGUCAUGCAUUUACAUAAAGUCUGAUUUGACAAUUUUCUGGCGAUAUCCUCAAUAAUUUGAUGUGCUGCAUAUGGUAAAAAUACAGAGGUUGAUUGAGUAAGAUUAUGACAAUCAUAUCAUUAAGUCUUAAUGUGUUAGUGAACCCGUAAUUCCUGUUUCAUUGUGAGGAGGCUGUUUUCUGUUUGCUUUUUCAAAACGUUAAGUUACAACAAAUAUUUUGUCAUUCUAUUGAAGAAAUACUUUGCAAAAUCACCCAAGAUGCCCAUAAACAAAAUACUAGGUGUUGUAGUGACCCUGCUUGUACUAGAGAUGCAACUUGGUUAUACGGAAGAUCCCAUCAAGGGUAACCAAUGCUCUGGUUACCCAGGAAUCCCCGGGUCUCCUGGUAACAAUGGGUUACCUGGAAGAGAUGGGAGAGACGGAAGGGAUGGAAAAGAAGGUGAAAGAGGAGAAAAGGGAGAAGCAGGUGCCCAGGGUCCUCCAGGAAAUGAUGGACCUGUUGGACAAAUGGGACAGAAAGGAGAUAAGGCAGAACCAGGGCCCAGAGGGCCUCCAGGGAAAGCUGGACCAUUUGGGUUAAUGGGUCAGAAAGGUGACAAGGGAGAAUCUGGCCCUCAAGGUACAUCAGGUGAAAGUGGAGUCCGGGGUCCCCCAGGAGACACAGGGCCAGUAGGACCAAAAGGACACAAGGGUGACCAAGGGGAACCGGGACCCAGAGGUGCAUCUGUGGAUCUGAGGCGUAUUGUUGAAUUAGAGGCAGAGAUUAAAAAACUGAAGGACAGUUACUCAAAUCUUGAAAAACGUUUAAUUUUUACAUUAUCGAGCAGAAGUGGUAAUACAUUUUUUGGAACUAUGAAAGCCUCAGCCACUUUUGAAGACGGCUUGAAAUUUUGUACGGGGGUCGGUGGACAAAUUGCCACUCCAAGAAACCAAGCUGAAAAUGAUGGUCUCCAUGUCAUUGCCAAACAAAUUGGAAAUGUGUUCAUAGGAGCGAACGACCGAAGAACAGAAGGGACAUUUGAAGAUUUAAAUGGAAAACGUAUAGAGUUUUCUAAAUGGCAAAGUGGUGAACCCAACAAUGAUAAAGGACAGGAAGACUGUGUUGUUCUGGUUUCUGACGGGAUGUGGAAUGAUGUUCCAUGUGGAACAUCUAACAUAAUUGUUUGUGAAUUGUAAAAUAACCUGUAUCUGUAAAUACAGGUAUGUGUAUUUACAUUUCAGGGGAAAAAGUAAUUUGAAAUAAGUAUUUUAGGUCAAUUUUACAUUAAUAGACAAAGAAGAAUAACUUUCAGACAUAAUAUUGAGCAAUAGGGACAUCUGCUGUGAAGUUCAGAAACUGCAACCCCAGGUCACUAAUAUCAAUGUGCAAAAUGAAAAUAUUGGGCUGCAUAAAUACACAGUCAACACAUCCCUUUGCACUUCCUGGAAUGCUUAUGAUUCAUGAAUACAUUUCUCGUAAAUUGUCAGAAAAUCAAACACCAUGAAUGCCAUAGAAUACCACUGUAUUUUUUAAAGGAAGUCAUAAACUUAACACAGUUCAAAUAAAUAUUCAAUGACUUUGGAAUCUUAUCUUUAUAUUAUAUACAUGUGUCAUUUUAUAGGUUAUAUUUGAAUGGCAAAUAAAUAAACUUAAAACUAUUAGACAAUGUAAUAUCAUUCAUAAGUAAUAACUGUAAAACUAACUGCACUGUUUAAAAGUAAAAUAAUUAGAAAUACUAGAUAUGAACAAAUGGGGACUAAAGGACAUUAGUGACUUUUUUUAGAAGUUCCACACUAAGCGAUAAAGAAAAGCAAUUUUGUAUGCCUCAAAUACCUCAAGUUUUAAAGAACAUUGAAUAAUUAGAUAAAAUAUAAAAGUAGAUACAGCUUUAAUUACCAGUGAACAUAACUAUACUCACUUCACUUUAACAAUGUAACCAACACACUGUAUAUUUUUGUAUUUACUUAUCUUUCUGCUCAGUUUAUUUGUUUUGUUUCACUAGAAACUAACUGGUCAUUUGGAGGAAAACACAAUACAUUUGAUACUGUAGAUCAUUAAAACAAAGUCAUUUGUUUUACCAAUGGUAAAUAAAACAUCUGCAGUAACACUGCAUGAAGACUGGUGUAUUUCUGUAAUUUCGUUGAAAUUAUGGUGAUAUUUAGAUAUUCCUCCUUUUAGAUAUAUAGAAUAAACCCCACUAGUGGCUCCUUUUCUUGUUAAUAUGAUUUCUAUUUUUGAUGUUGUCCAUUUUAAGUUUCUGAAUCCGGUUCGUCCUCAAGUGGUUUCUGAAU